UUACCUCCGCCUUCUUCCUGUCCUCACCACACGGACUGAGACUGAUUUGAUUAAAGCACCAGAGUGUAAUGGCCCUCAGAGCAGGGCUGGUCCUGGGGUUCCACACCCUGAUGACCCUCCUGAGCCCGAAGGAGGCAGGGGCCACCAAGGCUGACCACGUGGGCUCCUACGGACCCGCCUUCUACCAGUCUUACGGUGCCUCGGGCCAGUUCACCCAUGAAUUUGAUGGGGAACAGCUGUUCUCUGUGGACCUGAAGAAAAGCGAGGCCGUGUGGCGUCUGCCUGAGUUUGGCGACUUUGCCCGCUUUGACCCGCAGGGCGGGCUGGCCGGCAUCGCCGCAAUCAAAGCCCAUCUGGACAUCCUGGUGGAGCGCUCAAACCGCAGCAGAGCCAUCAACGUGCCUCCACGGGUGACCGUGCUCCCCAAGUCUCGGGUGGAGCUGGGCCAGCCCAACAUCCUCAUCUGCAUCGUGGACAACAUCUUCCCCCCUGUGAUCAAUAUCACCUGGCUGCGCAACGGCCAAACUGUCACUGAGGGAGUGGCCCAGACCAGCUUCUAUUCCCAGCCUGACCAUUUGUUCCGCAAGUUCCACUACCUGCCCUUCGUGCCCUCAGCUGAGGACGUAUAUGACUGCCAGGUGGAGCACUGGGGCCUGGAUGCGCCACUCCUCAGGCACUGGGAGCUCCAGGUGCCUAUUCCACCACCAGAUGCCAUGGAGACCCUGGUCUGUGCCCUGGGCCUGGCCAUCGGCCUGGUGGGCUUCCUCGUGGGCACCGUCCUCAUCAUCAUGGGCACAUAUGUGUCCAGUGCCCCCAGGUGCAGAGGCCCCGGGAGUCUGAGGGGUGGAGGAGGAAAGUGGAUGACUCUGAACAGGACAUGGGUGGAGAAUCAGAGAUUCUGUUGUGGGGAAAGAAACGGCCAGGGAGGAAAGAAGCAGAGGUGGGGUGAGAGAGUGAGGUCUUGGGGGAGGUGGGCGCUCAGAGACAGGAUCCCAGCAUAUUGAAAUUAGCAACCUCAAUCGUAUGGUUUCUGCUAUUUUAGGUAAUGAUCCUUCUGAGAGAAAUGGCUUGUGGGAGACACCCUGCAGAUCCUCGUGGGUUUGUGACAGCCCCUGCAUGCUCAGUGCCCUUUAAGUGCAUCACGCUGUGCUGACUUUGAGUGGGAUCAACAUCUGUCCUACAGGUCCCCUCUUUUUUGGCCCCAGUAUUCAUGGCAGGGUUUGUGGGACACCUACUAGCUUCCCUUCCCUUUCAACACACACACACACAUUCUUGCUCUACCCAAAGCUCUGGCUGGCAGCACUAAAUGCUUUGGUGGUGUCUGCACUGUGUCCUUUUUAGGCCUUGGCCAGUUCUUCCAGGGGUGAGGCAUGUGGUGCUGGGGAUUGGCAGCCGUCCUGGGGCCCACACAAGUGUGUCUUGCUCUGUUUGGCCCAUUGUGUGUUACUUUGUGAAUGAGCCAUUUCACACGGACUUCAUGAAAUUUGCCUCCUGAGUUCAGGUUUACCCUGAAAGGGAUGCAGAUUAUCCUGUUCCUCACAACCCCCUCAGCUAACAACAGUUCUGAAGGGUGCUGGGACAGGACAGGCUCAUGGGGACUCCACUCCUGCCUGGGUUUACUCUGUAUGAAGAGGCCAUUGGUAUCCUGCCAUGAUGUUAUCUCCUUUUUCUACAUUCCCUAGAGUCCCAUGCAUGAUAAAGAGAGGCCCAAGGCUUGGAUAAGGUGGCCACUUCCCUCAGUGGGGUCAAUCAUGUUAGGUAGGAGGUGGUGGAGUGGGUCAGCAAGGUAUCUGGUAAGAGGGGAGGUCCACCUAGACACACUCUAAAUAUUUGGCCUAGAAGAUUUUGGUCUACUUUUCUGUGAACAAAAUUUAAAACAUACAAAGAGAUAAAUCACCAUACCACAUAGUUAUGUCGAGACUAAAAUGAGCAAUACAGAUUAUGGUUUUCAAACCAGAAUGCGCAUAAGAACUGCUUGGGAUCCUUUUAAAAGUACAGGCAUUGGCCUGGUGCAGUGGCUUAUUCCUGUAAUCCCAGCACUUUGGGAGGCCAAGCGGACAGGAUCGCUUGAGGCCAAGAGCUGGAAACCAUCUUGGGCUACAUAGAGAGACCCCAUCUCUAAAAAGAAAGAUUUAAAAAUUAACCAGGCAUGGUGGCUCGCACCUGUAUUCCCAGCCACUCGGGAGGCUGAGGCUGGAGGAGUGGUUGGCCCAGGAGUUCAAGGCUGCAGUGAGCCAAGAUUGCGCCACUGAACUCCAGCCUAGGUGACAGAGUGAGACCCUGUCUAUAAAUAAAUAAAAAAAAUAUAAAAAUAACAGGCAUCACCCAGACCUACUGAAUUAGAAUCUUGGGGGUGCAAGGGGCAGCAACAGGGAUGCUGUCUUUUUUGAGAUGGGGUCUCGCUCUGUCACCAGGCUGGAGUGCCAUGGCAUGAUCUCAGCUCACUGCAACCUCCGCCUCCUGAGUUCAAGCGAUUCUCCUGCCUCAGCCUCCUGAGUAGCUGGGACUACAGGUGCACGCCACCACACCCGGCUAAUUUUUGUAUUUUAAGUAGAGACAGGGUUUCACCAUGUUGGCCAGGAUGGCCUCCAUCUCUUGACCUCGUGAUCCACCUGCCUUCGCCUCCCAAAGUACUGGAAUUACAGGCAUGAGCCACCGUGCCCAGCUGAGGCUGUCAUUUUUAACCGGUUCUGGAUGACUGUGAUGCAGCCAUCCUGGACCUUGGCUGCGGUCUGGUAACUGGAACCCAGUGACAUAAUCAGGUGCCAUUGGGGGUUAUGGGAAAGGGGGAUCCCUAAGGUCUGAGGUGGACUAGGAAGGCUUUCUGAAGAACCUGGGUCUGUUAGGGCAUCAGCCAAUCAAGGUACAAGUAAAUAGAGGCAAAAUGAGGGUUUGAACUGUGAGCAGUUGGUCCUGGAAAAGAAAGAAACCAAGAGAUUAUGGGGACUCAAUGAGCUUCUUAAGAGAGAGUAAGUUGAAAUCAAUGACCAGAAGACCCUGAUGGAAGUGGAGGAGAAUCAUCUCAGGCAAACUUUUUGUGUGCCAGUAACAGAAACCCUCUUUGUGUGAUCACAUGCAAAGUAUAGGAUAUUUGCAAUAUAGCUGUGGGGAGGAGUGCAGGGCCCAAGGGUAGAUUUUAGCCAGGCUUCCCAGGAACAGAACUUGGAUCCGAAAAGCCCAGAGAAGCUAGAGCUGCCCCUCCAACACUCUCGGAUCCACGUGGUCUGUGUUCUCUAGACCCCCGUGCAUGUUAGUGGUGUUCUCUCUCUGCGGACUGACUGUCCUUCUCAGUGAACAUGUCCACCCGACAGCUCCUGAGUUUAUAUCGUCUCAACCCUCACAACCCACAGAGGCUGUGUCUCCUAGUCACAGCUUUAAAUUACUGGAAAAAUAAAUGACCCACCAAACUUGGAGCAGGUGUCCAUCUAAGCCCUGUGUAGUUAGAGCAGGAGACAAGAUCUCAACACAAAUGUGGCUGCCAAGCACCCAGCCCCGGGGCGAGGGGUCAAGUUCUUCUCAGAGAAAGAGGAAUAAGUUGGUUCUCAGCAGACAUCACAAGAUACGUGUGUACCCAACAAUCUCUGGUCUCUGCUGAUCUUUUGCUUAGACGUUAACUCGAUGCAUUAUUGGAAAGGUGUUUCUCUCAUCUCUGUCCUAAGGCUUAAUAAAGUCAUUAAAAUUGUGUUCUUUUGACCAAAGAAA